AUGAAGCUCUACGAGAGGGUCAAGGACGAUGUUAGAAACGACGUGAACUGGAACCGGGUGGCACGCGUUGGCGCCCGAGGAAUCCGCGCUGCUCCGUCAGCAGCAGGAAACUAUGUCAUCGAGAAGGUCCCCAUUGUUGGAUGGCUACCUCGCUACAACUAUCGAUGGCUCCUGACAGAUUUCGUGGCGGGAUUGACUCUGUCGCUCAUGUUGAUUCCCCAGAGUCUCGCCUACGCCAAAAUCGCCAAAAUCCCCGUCCAGUACGGGCUGAUGUCCUCGUGGUCACCAGCUGUCAUUUACACGUUCAUGGGCACAUCCAAAGAUAUGUCGACGGGACCAACUUCACUGAUUGGGCUGCUCACAUCAGAUGUGGUUGACGACCUUGUGGAAGAGGGCUACUCGCCCGAAGCCAUCUCCUCUGCGGUUGCCCUCUCGAUGGGCAUCUUCAUGGCUGCCAUGGGCUUUUUGAAGCUCGGUUUCCUCUUAGAUUUCAUCUCCUACCCUGUCCUCACGGGCUUCAUUUCCGCUGUGGCCAUCACCAUCGGCCUCGGUCAGGUUGACAACCUCAUCGGAGAAGACAAUGUCGGAGACGGGACUGCAAACAUCAUCCACGACGUCUUCACCAAUUUUGGAACCUGCAACGGUCGCGCAGCUGGUAUGGGCAUUGCCAGUGUCAUCCUCUUGGUCUCACUGCAGAAAGCUGGUGAACGAUGGGGUAGCAAGAACAGGGUGAUUUGGUUCAUGUCCAUCACUCGCGCUUUUAUUGCUCUUCUCCUGUUUACCGGUAUCAGCUAUGCUGUCAACAAGGGAAAGGACGAAGACAACUACCUGUUUGACGUCAGCAAAGUCCCCGCUACCCGCAUCAAUGCCCCCAAGCCCGUGGACGCAGCGCUCUUGAGCAAAGCUGCCGGUCGCAGUAUCGCAGCCUUCCUCGGUGCUUCUAUCGAGCAUAUUGCGAUUGCCCGUGCGUUCGGUCUGAGGAACAACUAUGUCACAGACCCCAGCCAGGAACUCUGCUACCUCGGUGUGACCAAUAUCUGGAACAGCUUCUUCACCUGCAUGGGUGUGGGAGGAGCCAUGUCUCGAACCGCCGUCAACUCGCAAUGCCAGGUCAAGUCACCGCUUUCCGGCGUUGUCACCACCGGCGUGAUUGUCCUCGCUCUCUACAAAUGGACCGGUGCACUAUACUGGGUGCCCAAGGCAACCCUCGCGGCCAUCAUCAUCACUGCCAUUUGGCCUUUGAUCGGCAAACCGAGCACCUACUAUCAUUUCUGGAAGACCUCGCUCGCCGACUUCCUCGCCUCGAUGAUCGCCUUCUGGGUUUCGCUGUUCGUCAGCACGGAAAUCGGAAUUGCCACCGCUGUCGGAUUCAACGUCGCCUACGUCUUGCUCCGUCAGGUUUUCAUCCGCAUCUCCACCGUCUCGGCAGACUCACGCUCGGAGCUGGCGGCCUCGUUGGACGCUGCACGAGGCAUGCCACCGAAUAUCCCCGCGGACACACGGGUCUUCCGCUUCGAGGAAUCCUUCUUCUUCCCCAAUGUCCAACGCAUCAAGCGAGCCAUCCUGGAUACUGUGCAAACAUACCAUUCUCCAGAGUACAACUCCCGCAACGGCGAGGAGGCCGAACGCAACUGGUCGGUUGAGGGGGAACGACGCAUUGCUCGCCUGCGCAAGAAGGCCAACAUCGAGGGGUCCAACCUACCUCCCAUCGCCGUGGUCAUUCUCGACUUUGCCAAAGUGAACUUCUUUGACACCAGCGCCGUUAUCGGUCUCAAGAACUUCCUCGCUGAGCUGAGGCAGUAUGCCGGCAAAGGUGUGGAAGUCCGGCUUGUCGCACUGAAUGACAUGGCGCGAGAACGGUUCGAACGCGCCGGCUGGACGCUGCUUGACGCUGAUUCAUCCAUGGAUACCUCGAAGCCAACCAAUGUCCGAGUGUUCCGCAGUGUUGGUCAGGCAGUCCAAGCGUCCAGGGCCGCCUCGGAGAUUGUCGAGGUGAUUGUCAAGAACGAUGCGAGCAGUGACGAGAACACCACGGUCACCCACCGUGAGAAGAUGUGA